UUCCUUCUCAUUCCCACCCCUUCUUCUUCUUUCUUCUUUCUUCUCCUCUCUAUUGACUUUGCCAUUGCUAGAAACUUUUUUUUCUCUGGAAAAAAAAAAAAAGAAAACAUGGCCAAAGGCCACAAAAAGACUAGUAGCUCUUAUUCUGAAGAGGUGAGCAGCAUUGAAUGGGAGUUCAUUAACAUGACAGAGCAAGAAGAAGAUCUAAUUCACAGAAUGCACAGACUUGUUGGAGACAGGUGGGGCCUGAUAGCAGGGAGAAUUCCAGGAAGAAAAGCUGAGGAGAUCGAAAGGUUUUGGAUGAUGACGCACGGACAAGUGUUUGCCAGCAAGAGAGGACAACUCAAUAGACAACGAAGCUCUUAAGCAGUUCAUGUUAAAUGCUAAUCAUUCCCAAAUUAAAUGCCUUUCUUUUUCUUCAUUAUUCUUCAUUCUUUCUCUCUGUGUCCUUCGUUUCUGUUAUUCUAUCUUUCUGCUUUUUUGACUCUACAUUCUCAUCUAUGGCUCUGUACUUUGUGUUUCUUACUUACUUGUACCUCUCAACUUCUCAUCUAUUCAUCUUCUCUUCUCUUCU